AUGGUGAUGGAGCGUAAGGGAAAGAUAACUCCCUGCGAAGGCUGUCGAGAAAGAAAGAAAAAAUGCUCUGCGGGUCAGCCUUGCGAGAGAUGCAUGCGUCUUGGAAUCCAAUGCUUCUACUUAAAGUCAGUAACACCACCACGAAUAGAUCGCUCCGAUUCAGCACGUAGUCAAGAGUUACAACAUCAUGUUGAAGUACUCGAUGAUAUAUUGAGAAAUAUGGAAAGAGAACUGCAUCUAUUGAAAAUUCCUUUGGUAGGACAAAAUGAAAAAAACAAUACGUGCAUAAUGUCAAACAGUAUGCCGUCAAUUGCUGAUAAAUUCCUCAAUAUUCGAUCACCCCACGAAAAGAGCCGUAAUAUAUCAAGUGAUCUCUCUGCACCUUCAUCAGCGUUGGUACCUACUAGAAAAACAACCACAGUGCAACCAUCAGCGGCUACUUCAUCCCCGAAGGCUGGAGUAGUAGAAUCAUCAUCAGCAUUCAGCAGCAAUUGGCAAAUAAAAUUGAGGAAAGAUGGUACUAUCAGCAUAACCACCGACAUUCUAAACUAUGCCAAUUUAUCAAAGCAUCUGGAAGCACUCGGCAUUUCUUCAACUGCGAAACUCACUACACCGCUCAUUCGACAACCUACAUUAGGCUCUUUGUCAGCAAGUGGUGGUUAUUUACAUCGCCGUGUAUUGCCCAGUAGUCUCCGUAAAGGCAAUUUCAAAGCGAUUUUAUCAUGUAUAAAGGAUUUAGACGAAAAAGAGCAGCAAAAAAUGCGGCAAUUAGCAACUACAACCACUGUAAAUGCAGCUUCUUCAUCGACUUUAUCGUUUGGGACUGGCAAUAUAACUUCCCUUUUACCACCAACAGCAAGUCUACCCUUAACUAGUAGUAAUUACUCCCCGCCUACUAUAGCAGCGACCACAACCUCAGACAUACGUAACACUGCUGUUUCCAACACCAUUAUCAAUGUUACCGCACCUCCCAUCGUCGCGGAAAUACCUGAUAUUGUUUCCCGGCUUGUAAAUGCUUACUUUACGUGUCAAUUCUUCAACCGUGUCAUCUGCCACCAAAAGACCUUUUACGAUCUAUUUAUACGCAACAAACAGUCCAACGAAAUUAAUUCUUCGCUGGUUCCUUGUUCGAUUGCUGCAGCUGUUUUGACUAUGCAUUGUCAAUCUGCUACGGCCUCAAGAGGCUCAUAUUUAUUUGGACAUUGCGAUCCGAAUACAACAAAUUUUGGCUAUAAAGUUCCGCCUGCCGAAAUAUCAACUACAGACUCAUCCCCAAAGGAUAGCAAUUAUCAGCAUUGUACUACUGAUCAUACCCUCCAGACUACUUCUAACACUAUCUUAGCUAAUUUUGAACCUUAUUUUAAAGCUGGUACCGAUCUCAAGUUCAAAAAGGUUCUGAAAAAAACCGCCACCAACAAAUACAUUGGCGAAUAUGAAACCUUCAAGCGCCUUCAUGCCGGCCUUCAAGACAUUAUUCAAUUUAUUCAGUUUAUCAACAAUCAACGUGGGGUUCCUGUUAAGUCCGCUCCCACUAUUGGUGCACGGCAACAAGAAAAUGUUCACACGUACCGACAUCUCUAUCUAAACUCUUACAGCCCUAUUCCUUUACCUGACGAAAACAAGCAAACUAUACGUGCUUUAUUGAUGGAAUACUUUUUGGGUCGACUUUCCGCUAUCGUAUGCCCCUUUUUUAACCGUGUACGAUGGGGUGAAGAUGAUAGGAUCCCUCUCUCUUUUUUGAUAAAGACAGAAGAGGAUUUGACAUAUCUGUAUCAUCGUUUACCCCUGGAUUAUCAGUUGUCCCCAUCAAUUUUCGAAGAUGGGAUUAGUGAUUUAGAAUUUGCUACGAGGCUGAAAGAAGAUGGAAGAUGCGACAUUGUGUCGGUAGCUAUUGCUGAACGGUAUUAUCAAUCCUUAUUAGCUGUGCAUGAACCGUUUUUACCGGUGAUCAAUCGAGUUUCAUCAUCGUUUCCGUCAAGUGAUAAUGUCGGCAAGAGCGCUGAUGAGACUGCAAGUAGUAUAUCAUUGUUGAUUGGUGAUGAGAUACGACUUCAAAGAGAACAACAACAAAAGUUAAAUCAAUUAAGAUCGAAGAAGCGGAGAAAAGGAACAAAAUCAUCAGAUAAUACUGCUACUUCGACAAAGAGUAGCAGCAAACAUUUUUUCAGUGAUAGUUCUGAUGAAGAGCACGAUAGUGAAGAAGAAUUUGAUCCCAAUGCUGUGCUAUCCAUUCAUGCACUCCGCGCCCAAAAAGUUUGUUUUAAAUAUGCUGUUACCAUUGUACGGCUGUUAGACUACCGAUGCAAUAUAUUAGAAUGCUGUGCAAUAUCGCGUCCUACAUUACUCUCUGCUUGGGACUUUCUAAUGCGCAACAGUUGUUUGGGUAUGACAGACGAGCAACUGGUUGCAUCCAAUGUACAUCAGUUCUUGUCAAAGGAAGAAAUAGAAAAAUCGAGAGAUUAUGCCCUUCGUUGUAUUGAAAUCCUACGACGAGGUUAUCUGUUUAACAAUGCUGAACGAGGCGUAUGGGAACAUUAUGAAGAGUUAGAACGUCAGUUAUUAAUGGCCUUAGGAAGAAAAAAACCGCCCACAGCUACGUAUUGGGAGCCUUUGUAA